AACAUAACCCUUCGUCAUCUUAGGAAAAGACGGCACUCCAGCAUCCAGCCACUCGUUCAUAUGAAAAGCAUUAGGAACUUACCCAUCUCAUCGCCAUCGUCGAUUGCGGAAUUCAACUCGAACUUAAAGUCCAAUAUAAUCUUGGUGGUGAAGUAUCCAUUCGAAGCAGAAAAUGACCCGGAAUUAACCAUUGGGAAAGGCGACUUGUUGAAGUUGUUAGAUCGUCCAGGAACCGGGUGGCUAUUGGUUAAAUUCAUUGAUCGAAUGACCAGUCCAGGAUUGGUGCCGGCCAGUUAUGUUGAUAUUGCAGUUAACGAUCCCAUCAACCCAAUAACUCUUGAUUGGUUACAAGAAAUGAUCAAUAAACCUAUACAAACCCCGACAUUCAAUAACGAAUACUUCGAAUACCAAAUUAAUAAUUUUUUCAAAUCCAAUUUACCGAAAACAAUUAAUAAUAAACCAUAUCCAAUAAGUGCAUCGAUAUCGAAUUUUUACCUUUAUCAAGAUAGAUACUGGUAUCGAUUGGAUAUUAUUUAUAGUGAUAACUCGAAAAACUACCUCUGUAAAUAUUAUCAAGAUUUCUAUAAUUUACAUAUUAAAUUAUUAGAAAAUUUCGAUAAAAUACCAAAAUUACCAGAACCAAUCUCGAUUAAAUCAGAUAAAAAUUUAAUUAAUUCCUUAUUGAAAAGAUGUAACGAUUUGCAUAUCUAUAUUAAUAAAUUAAUUUUGAAUAAACAAAUACAAAUUUCUCAUCAAUUGGUUGAUUGGUUAGAUAUUGAUAAUAAUGAACACGGAUUUCGUUUGGGUCAUAAUGAUUCAAUAAAUUACUCGAAUAUCGAAAUUACAAAUAAAGUUCUUCCAAACUCAAUCGAUAUCUUACAAGAAUACGAACAAGAAAGUAAAUUAGAAAAUUCCAUGGAAUCAAAUAACUCCACCAAUGACGAUACUACAAUUGAAACAACCAUCGAUUCCUUACCGCAAAGAACAAAAUCAAAAAACAUUUAUAAUCAUUACCAGCAAAUUAAAAGUACCACCCUGCCCAAGUUGAGUAUAUCAACCCAACUUUCACCCAAGAAUUCUCCAAUUUCAGCUUCCCCGAAACUAUUCACCCCCGUGUUGACUUCAAUCGAUGAUUUACCUUGCCAAACUCCAUUCACCCCGUUCACCCCAGUCCUGAAUCACAAUUCCAUCCAUUCAAGUCCGUUGGGCUCGCUUCCGUCAAUCAAAUGCAAGAUCCUCACUCCUUCAAAUGAUAUUUUGGCAAUCAAACUAAAUAAAAAUGAAAUUACUAAUUUACAAGUAUUCAAAAAACUAAUUAUGAAAAAAAUUUACUUCAAUUUCUUAUUUAUCAGAUUACCAAAUCAAGUAGAUAAAUCAUUCCAUAAUAUCGAUCACUUGAAUUUCAACCUAAUCGAAUUUGUUAAACAUAAUGAUAAAGUCCUACUCAAAAUCUCUUAAUUUACUUCUUGUGUGUUUUAUUGUAUUAUAUAAUAUAUUCUUUUUCUUUUUUGAAACUGCUCGAAUAUGUACCCUGCUUGAAUUACGUCUCUCUGCGCCAGCCUUAGCCUUUCACCGACCAUUAUCACCCACUAUUAUCACCCACUAUUUUCCCAUUAUCAUGCUGAUCGAUGAUGUUUUGGUGAUGGGCGGACCCCGCCCAAAACGGCAAUUGCGCUUCCGCAAACGGAAACCGCCCGAUCGGGCCAAAUACGUCCCUUUUUGUCCGGGAGCCUGGUGGUUGCACUGGCAGACUUGGAUUGGGUGUAGCACAAGAACAACAAUCAGUAGUAUCUGUAGAUAGUAUCUGUAACGUAGGAGGACCAAUAGGAACUAAGAUGGCCAAAC